AAUAACAACAUACGGAUUGCGAAAUUCAUCAACCACAUAUUACGUUAUUAUGUUAACAAUUCAAAUUUGAAGGUGUAGGACAAGAAUUUAUAUAUAAACAAUGGACGCUAAUGUAACUGGAAUAACACAUGAAACCGUUACAGAAAUUCGUGAUAUUGUACAAAAAAUUAUUAUUCCAAUUGUAUUUAUUGUAGGAUUGAUUGGAAAUUCAAUAACUGUUGUUGUAUUGACAAGAAAAUCUAUGAGAUGUUCAACGAAUGUAUAUUUAACUGCCUUAGCCGUUACUGAUAUGUUAUAUUUGACCACAACAUUCCUAUUAACAUUGCAGCAUUAUCAAUCAUUUCAUCUUUAUCAUCCGAUAUAUUGGCGAUGUUUUGGUUUAAUAAUAUGGUUUCAUGAUGGUCUAUCUUACAUAUCAAUAUACAUAGCAACAUGUUUUACAAUUGAAAGAUUUAUUGCUGUACGAUAUCCGAUACGAAGGCAACAAUUUUGUACAGAAGAAUUGGCAAAAAAAGUGAUUGUAGGUAUUUCAAUAUUAUGUAUAGUAUUAACAGUAUCAACAGCUUUUGAAUAUUCAGUUGACGUUAAAGAAAAUUAUUUUAAUACGGAAACAAAUGAACCAUGUCCUGCAUCAGCUGCUAUUCAAAAUAAUUUACAUGAAAAUCUUACAAAUAUGAACAUAACACGACAAUCAGAUAUUUUUGAUGAUGUUGAUAACGAUAUUAUUAAUUAUGGAAUUGGUGUUGGUAAUGUUGGAUUUACAACUUCUGUGAAUAGCAUUGAUGUUAUUGAUGAUAUUGAUGAUGAUACUGUGGGACGUGCUCUACAAACAAUGUCCAAUGGAGGAGUAAUUAAAACUUCAAUGUCAAAAAAUAAAACCACUGAAUUUGUUAAAAAUAUGACUUGUAUUGAUUAUCACACUCAUACAUAUUCUGAAUUUGGAAAUAAUGAACAAUAUUAUACAAUAUUCUUUCAUUUUACAACACUGGUAUUUGUUAUAAUUCCAUUAACAAUUUUAAUAACUUUUAAUACAUUUCUAAUUAUUUUGGUGAGAAAAUCAAAAACUUUACGCACUGAAAUGACAAAUAUGAGUAUAAGAAUGUCUAAAAAGCCAUCAUCAAAAUCAUUGACAGCUGCUAAAACAUCAAAAGUAUCACAAGAGAAUAAAAUAACAAUUGUAUUAAUUGCUGUUGUUAUACUAUUUAUAAUAUGUCAAUUACCAUGGUCAAUAUAUUUAAUUGUGCAAAAUUAUAUAGAUAUCGAUAGAAAUUUGAAAUUAUUUCUUGGAAAUAUUUUCAAUUUGUUAGUUGAUAUUAAUUCAGCAAUGAAUUUCUUUUUAUAUUGUGUACUUUCUGAUAAAUAUCGUAAAACGGUUAAAGAGUUAAUAAAUAAUAUGCGUAAUCAUCAUCAUCGUCAUCAGUCUGGUAACAAUGGCAGUAAUAAUGAUUUUAAUAAAUUAUCAUCAUCAUAUAAUAUUUAUAAUACUAUAUGUUUUAAUAAUGAUAAAAAUUCUCGAACAAAUAAUUGGAAUAUUGAUGAUAAUUCAACAAAUAAAACAAAUCAAUUAUUAAUGAUGCAACAACAUCAUAAACAUAAACCUAUACAACAACAACAUAAUACAAAACAAUUACAAGAAAAUCAACAAUAUCAACAAUUUAAUAAACAAAAAUCACAACAGCAACAAUAUUUAAUGGAUCAACAAUAUCAUAAUAAUAGAAAUUGCCCAUAUUAUUCAAAUUUAAAUAAAAUUUGGACUAUGACAAAACCAACAACAUCUAUAACAAAUACAACACCAAAAACAACAAUUUUAAUGCCCGAUGAAUACUAUAUUAUGGAUAAAAAUCCUGCAAAUAAAUUGAAUCAACAACAGCAACAACAACAACAAUAUAAACAGCAACGUAGACGUAGCUUAUCUUUAACAUCAUUACCAAAAAUAAAACAUGCACCAAGCUGUAAAGAUUUUCCUGAUGAUUUGUGAUAUAUUAUAGAUACCAAAUUAGAAUAUUAUAUAAUAGAUGUAGAUAUAAUAAACAUUGCAUAAAAUUCAAAUUCAUAUGUAUAAAAAUAUGCAUACAUACUUCGU